AACAUUAUCAAUAUGGCCAAUGGCUGCCACCUCAUCGCGGCAUGUUGAUGACGGAUGUUCUUUAACUGCGCUGGGUGGGUGAUACGUUAAAUCCUUACUUUUAGAACGAUCGUCGUGGAUCGUCAUUAACGACCAUCAGGAUGAGUCGCGUUGGCGUUAGGACCUUCCUGGCGAUUUCCCUGAUCGUUCAGGCACAAGGCAUAAUGUUUUACCUGGAGCCAAACAGUCACAAGUGUCUGAAGGAGGAGGUGCAUGCGAACGUACUCGUCACAGGCGAGUAUGAAGUAUCCGAGGCACUAGGUCAGAAGACAGAUUACGUAAUUCAAGAUUCCAAAGGACAUACGUUAUCUCAGAAGGAAGAUAUUCCCCAUGGAAAGUUAUUAAAGUUUUCUUUCGUCACCGAAACUUAUGACACUUUUGAAAUAUGCUUUGUUUCGCAUGUUCCAAAUCAUAUUGUUCCAGACCAACGAGGUGUCAGACAAGAAGUCAUGCUAAUCACAAAACGCGGGAUCGAAGCUAAGAGUUACGAAGGCUUGAUUGGCGAGGCAGCCAAGCUGAAACCAGUGGAAGUGGAAUUGAAACGGUUGGAGGACUUGUCCGAGGCGAUAGUGCAAGAUUUCGCCAGAAUGCGCAAGAAUGAGGAAGAAAUGAGGGACACAAACGAGGCCACGAACACUCGAGUGCUGUACUUCAGCCUAUUCUCGAUAUGCGUUCUCUUCGGCUUGUCCACGUGGCAGCUCUUUUACUUCCGACGUUACUUCAGGAUGAAGAAACUCAUCGAGUAGCAGACGGAGUUCUUGUUAUCCGCAACUUCGUGUUCGAAUCGUCAAACACUUUUUAUAUCCGCCGCAACAUUGAAACUGUUCGAGACGAAUGUGUAAAAAGUAUGUUACAGUUCAUGUUACCUCGUCCGGAUCGAUGUAAAAUAAGAACCCCUUAUCAUUUCGUCGCACACCGCGCAUACACCCAGUUGUCGACAACGCAAUAUUUAAGCGAAUGUAGGAUAAAUGAUUUCAUAAAUAAAAGAUUUAUUAAUAUCGUAAAACUACGUGUUCGUUUGUACGUAUCUUUGCUACAAGAAUAUCGGGCUUUUCGAAUCGGCCGUCGAAACGGUAGCACAAAGUGAAACUUGAAGUUCCCGGGAAACCUUAUCACGUGUUUUUUUUUGCAUCAGUAUUUAAUCGUACGUAAGUUCAUUCGUCAAGUUCAGUUUGUAUUCUUGUAUAUUUAAUUAUGUAUCUUUGUAUCCUUAAUCAUCUAUUUCUGUUCCUAUUUGUCAAUAUACAUGGUUCUUCAAGUUGAUGUGUAUGGUGAAAGGAAGAAACUCAUAUUACUGUAUCGUUUAACAUUUUAUUUACAAAAUAGAACAAUCUUCAUGGGAGCGAUAAAUGCCUAAAAAAUAUCAUGACGAGACGUCGCGUUGGAAGACGAUUUAUUUGUGUCGCUAGCUUGAAAGCGGAGAUGCCUCGGAGUUAUAUGUCGGCGCGAUAUAAAAUUAUAUAUAAUAAAACCACGUAUCACACACGAAACACGAUCGAUAACAAUUCGUGCGGAACGCUACUCGCACGAGGAUAAGUAUCUAACACAAAUUAGUGGUGUGGGGGUCUCUUCAUGCUUUACACGCUCUUGCGUUUCAGAGCGGAGAGUUACAUCGACGUGGCAGCUUGCGAACGAAGCUCCGCUCCGACUUUAACUCGCUCGCAAUUGGAUCCUCAUCGUCGCAACGUGUUGUCGACGACUUCGUAUUUAGGAUGAAACACUUUGCACUAACGUGUGUAAUUUACGGCCUAUAAUCGGACGCUACGACUAAUUGUCGGCUAAUUCACAAAUAGCUACACAAGUCUAACGAACCGUUCGCUUCUCGGCCACGUAAGCGGAUUAGGAAAAUAUUUGUCACACGCAACUUUUUAUCUUAAACGUGUACAAUUCACUCGAGCGACAACGUUAAUUAACGUCAUUAGACCGUAAAACAUCAGGCGGCCGACGAUAAUGGCACGAACUAGGCACAUCGUACUAGUUAUCGAACUCGACACAAACGACGAGGAAAAUAAAGUCAUAAUUCGCGAUCUUCAAGUCGCGCAUCGUAACAAUACACUCGAUAGUCCCGAAAGUAUAGAACGGGCAUCAAUAAACUCUCAAUAAACUAUCACUAACUAUCGUUAACAAUUAGCGCGACUAUGAAGACGACGCUCGCAUCCGUCCUUGUUUCGACGCUCGUUUUCAGUUAUUACGUCAACGUAAUUACUUAUUAUCGCCAUUAAUUUGUCAAUAAAUAGCUGUUCAUCAA